AAUACUCUUGAAAUGUGGCUGUAGGAUCGGUCUGACACAAAUCUGACAGUCCCCGAAUACGACAAUCUGAUCCAGUCAACUAUGUCAGUCUUACCAAAAGCUCAUGGCGUUAUUUAUCGAUAGGGGAUAUGGUUAUGCGGUAUGCCACCAUGAUAGCCAAAACGGCCUAUAAAAGGAAGCGUUUCUUCUUCAUCUGUUAGCAUUGUAGGCGACAGUCUCCAUCUGGUCAUUGAUUACUUAGCUCUUACGAUUUGACCGCCAACCAUGGGUUUAAAGAACGUUGUGCGAGCCACUGUUUUCGCCACGAAGCGAGCCGACCUCAGUCAGGAGGAAUUUUCUCGCCGAUUUGCCAGUCAUGGCCAAUUGGUCUCAAAAGUGUUGCUAAAGCACAACGCCAUAUCAUACCAUCAACAACAUCGCCUGGCCAAAUACGAAGACGAUUUUAAAACCACUUUAGGCGCCGAAGUCAGCGCCUUCUUCGACUUUCUCGACGCCGAUGGGUUGGUCACAACGGUAUUCCCGACCAUUGCCGAUCUCGUGGGCUUCUUCGGCGAUCCGGCUCAUGAGGAAUACCUGAACAAAGAUAUAGCCGAGUUUGCCACCCUGGGUACUGUGCGUAUUAACAUCGGCGAUGAGAAUACUGUCAUUGAAAACGGAAUCUUGGUGUCAUAAUGCUUCGAAUU